GCCUCUGAGGUGAGGUCCCUGCGGUUGCCUCAGUGCCGGCUGUGGAGGCCGCGGCCGCGCCAUGGACGACGAGGAGGAGACGUACCGGCUGUGGAAGAUCCGCAAGACCGUCAUGCAGCUCUGCCACGACCGCGGGUACCUGGUGACCCAGGACGAGCUGGACCAGACGCUGGAGGAGUUCAAGGCGCAGUUCGGGGACAAACCCAGCGAGGGCCGGCCCCGCCGCACCGACCUCACCGUGCUGGUGGCUCACAACGAUGACCCCACCGAUCAGAUGUUCGUCUUCUUCCCCGAGGAGCCCAAGGUGGGGAUCAAGACCAUCAAGAUGUACUGCCAGCGCAUGCAGGAGGAGAACAUCACCCGGGCGCUCAUCGUGGUGCAGCAGGGCAUGACCCCCUCGGCGAAGCAGUCACUGGUGGACAUGGCUCCCAAGUACAUCCUGGAGCAGUUCCUGCAGCAGGAGCUGCUGAUCAACAUCACCGAGCACGAGUUGGUCCCAGAGCACGUUGUCAUGACAAAGGAAGAAGUAACGGAGCUGCUGGCCAGAUAUAAGCUGAGGGAGAACCAGCUCCCGCGCAUCCAGGCUGGUGAUCCCGUGGCCCGGUACUUUGGGAUAAAGCGUGGCCAGGUAGUGAAGAUCAUCAGGCCGAGCGAGACUGCGGGCCGGUACAUCACCUACAGGCUGGUGCAGUGACACGGAGCUGCCGGGUGUGGAAGAGCUGGGUGACUCCUGAUCUCCCCAUCCACCUGCACUCAGACACCUGCCUCUCCAUAGCUGGCCAAGCAAACCCUCUCUCUGCAUUGCCUCUAUGUGCUCCUUGCCCUGGUGCCUUGUUUGCCAGUGAGGACAUUGCUGUGACUCCCUGCUCAGGACUCGAGCCAUGGAAGUUACCUGGAGCAGCAUGAGCGUGCAGGGAGGAAGCAAGUGGGAAAAGGCCUUUCCUUUCCUGUUCUAUAGACUCCUGUUUGAAUAAAGGUUUGCCCUCCCCUUGUUCCUCA